AAGUAGCGAGCUUGAACACUGGCGUCCGGUGUGGAAGUGUCCUAGGAGACCGCCAGAAGUGCGCCAGCCCGAGUCUGGGAGAGUUCCCUUCUGGCCGAGAGGGGGAGCCCCGCGUUCCCAGCCCGGAGCGACCCGGAGUCCCGAGCCUCCAGCCCCAGCCGCCGCCAGCGCCAGUUUUGGCUUCAGCCGAUUAGGAAGAGGAGGGAGAGGGCAGAGAGCGCGAAGAGGGAGGGGACCAGAGCCGGAGGGUCGCGAGUCCAGCAUUGCGUUGACGUACAGAAACUUUCCCUCUCGGCCACUGAAACGUCGCCGUGGCUGUGCGGGAGAGGAGGUCGCCUGGUUCCGAGGACGCAGCAGCUCUCCACGCCCCUGCCCCAAGCCUGACCCGACUGCAUCAGUCAGUAAGGUACGGAGAGACCCAAGACACCGCGAUUUAUCUGGGGUCUUCCCUGCCUGGCAGCCCAGCCUCCCGCCAGUUAUAUGUGAUUCCAUCUGAUAUCCAUAAGAGAGAAAGUGAUUGAAAAAGAACUUGGAUGGCAACUGUAUGAGUGAAACUAUCUAAAGUCAAGUGUCUAUAUUCUCUCAACUAUAUUUGAGCCUACCCAGGAUAUAAAGUGUGAUUGAAUUGAACAUUUAUUUGGUUGAUCCUCAUCAUGAACCGAGCUUUUAGCAGAAAGAAAGACAAAACAUGGAUGCAUACGCCAGAAGCUUUAUCAAAACACUACAUUCCCUAUAAUGCAAAGUUUCUUGGCAGUACGGAAGUGGAGCAGCCCAAAGGAACAGAAGUUGUCAGAGAUGCUGUAAGGAAACUAAAGUUUGCAAGACAUAUCAAGAAAUCUGAAGGCCAGAAAAUUCCUAAAGUUGAGUUGCAAAUAUCAAUUUAUGGAGUAAAAAUUCUAGAACCUAAAACAAAGGAAGUCCAACACAAUUGCCAGCUUCAUAGAAUAUCAUUUUGUGCAGAUGAUAAAACUGACAAGAGGAUAUUCACUUUCAUAUGCAAAGAUUCUGAGUCAAAUAAACAUUUGUGCUAUGUAUUUGACAGCGAAAAGUGUGCUGAAGAGAUUACUUUAACAAUCGGCCAAGCAUUUGACCUGGCAUACAGGAAAUUUCUAGAAUCUGGAGGAAAAGAUGUUGAAACAAGAAAACAGAUUGCAGGGUUACAGAAAAGAAACUUAGUGUUCUCAUGUGACUUUGCUUCACUUCCUGAUGCUUCUCAUGGGGAUCAGAGCAGCAGAAGCAGCAGAUGCUGGAUUCAAGACUUAGAAACAGAAAAUAUGGAACUUAAAAACAAAGUACAAGAUUUGGAAAACCAGUUAAGAAUAACCCAGGUAUCAACAUCUCCACUGCUGAACAAAAUGUCUGAUCAUGAGCAACACGGGUUUCAGAGAUGCUCAUCCUCUUUCUGGCGUAGUAGUGAUUCAUCACCCUCUCUAAAUAUUUCUUCCAUUACUGUAACUCCUGCCAACUCGACUGAUUCCAGACUAUCAUUGGGACUGUUAAUACCACCACCUUCUAAAUGUGGUCUUCCCAAGCCAGUCAGUGAGAGCAGCAUCCCAAGACCUCAUGCAGGCAGUGUGACACCUAAGUCACCCUCCACUGACAUCUUUGAUAUGAUUCCAUUUUCUCCAAUAUCACACCAGUCUUCAAUACCUACUCGCAAUGGCACACAACCACCUCCAGUACCUAGUAGAUCUACCGAGAUUAAACGGGACCUGUUUGGAGCAGAACCUUUUGACCCAUUUAACUGUGGAGCAGGGGAUUUCCCUCCAGAUAUUCAAUCAAAAUUAGAUGAAAUGCAGGAGGGGUUCAAAAUGGGACUAACUCUCGAAGGCACAGUAUUUUGUCUCGACCCAUUAGACAGCAGGUGCUGAUGUCAAGAACAAGAGGUCCUUAUUCGUGUUAAAUUUAUUUUAUCUACAUAUAUAUCAUUCAUUAUUACUUUAUGACAGGUAUUAUACAUGUGCCAAUAUAUAUUUUUAAUAUCUUCAGUGUCUGAAAAUUCUUUUAGUAAAAUUUCCUCAUUCACUGUUGCUCUGUAACAUUUUCUUUUAAAAACCACUCAGUGUAAAGCAUACUUUUAUGUUCCUUUCUAGUUAUUUUGUAGAAGAAUUUGUAAUCGAAAGACAAAUUAUCCAAAUAUCUGCCUUGUGUCUAAAUAGUUAGCUUCUUGAAAUUUGUGUUCAUACUCCAGGCUGCUAGUUUAGUUUUGAUUUCCCAAAAACCAUACCUUAAUGAUACCUUUCAAAGUCCUAAAGAGAUAUACCAAUGCCAAACUAAAUACUAUAUUCAAGCUAAUAAACAUUUACCAUUCAUUGGACCGAUGUCAUUUUAUGUAUGAAAUCUGGUUCGUAUCAUUGGGAAAAUGUAAACUUUGACUAUAAUGUCACCAGGUCAUUUUUAGCAGGUGAAAUAACAAAAAUAUAAAUUUUAAUAAUAAUUAAACCAAAUGUAUUUAGAGUAUUAGUAAAUGCAUGGUAAUAAUGUUAGUUAUUAUCAGUUAUACUCUAAAUAUUUUAUUUAUUUCAUAAGUAAAUAUUGUGGGGAAAAAUGAAAAUUUGCUAUUUACAAAACACAAAAUUUAAUUUCUAAUGAGAUAAUUUACAUUACUAAACGUACAACAUCUAAUCUGAUGUUUUCUUUAAAAAAAAAGCAUUUGAAAUAUAUGCUGUCUAUAAUUGCGAUGUCUGUUACCCAUAUUUACAUUACCAAAUAUAUUUUUUUCUCAAAUAUUGUGAUGCCCCGUUGGUUUUGCUACUUUAAAAUGUACAGAUACUAUUCUUUAUGAAUCAUCAAUAUUAUUUAAUAAAUUUAAUAUUUGUUAUUGCUGAAGUUAGAAUCUCAUUUUUCACAAAAAUCAAGUUGUUGCUCUCUUUAGUCUUUAACAGUAAUUUUUACUGAGUGCAACAAAAAUUUAUGGUCAAAAUUUAUAAUUCGGUUCAUCACAUUUAAAAAAAAUAAUGAGUGUUUAGAUUGGGGAUAGGUCUCAAAAAUAGAUUUUUUUCUUUAAUUUUACUCAUGGGAAUUUUUCUUCAAGUGCUAAAGGUACAUUUUCACUAGGAAAAGAAAUGAAAUAGCUUAUGCAAUAUUAUAUUUGUAUGUAUCUCCAUAAUGUACUAUGGUAUAUAUAAGCCUUCUUGUUUGUUUUCUGUUAUCUGCUAAGUUGUACCUUAAUUAGAUGGUAGUAUAUGUUUCAUAAAAAAGAGUCUUUAUAAUUCUGUUUGUCAUAUAGUAUUUUGGAAUUUGUAUAAUGAGGAUGUUUAGAAGCCGUAUCAAUGGCCUUUUUUUAACAGAUAGAAUUUGUAUUUUUAUUGUACUUUGAAAAGCUUUAUGUAAUAGGCAUAUACUUAGUGGCCAUUUAUUAUCAAUGGUAACACAAUAGAGUACUAAGAUGGUAUUUGCACAUGUUACUUUACCAAUUUUUAAUGGUAAUCAAUUCUGCUACUGGCAUGAUUACAUAGUACAUAAUUAUGAACAUUUAUUUCACCAGUGCAUUUUUAUGAAGAUCCAGUUGAAAAUUGUAUUUCUAUGUUAACUCAAAGAUAUGUUUGAUUUUGCUGAGAAUAAAUGAUUUUAAAUAAAUUGUAUAAUUUACUCAUUAAACAAUCUUUAGUUAAUUUAGACACAUUCUGAAGCUAAUUACAUGUCAGACUUUUCUGGUCAUAAAUUGGAGCCAAAAGAAAGAAAGAGAGAGGGAAAGAGAAAAAGAAAGAAAGGGCUUUAACUUUAUUUCUUACAGCCCACACACAUUUCAGUCUUAUGAGCAAAUACCAUUCAGUUGUGAAAACAAUGGACUUGAUCCUGCUGGUAAGAGAAGUCAUAGUUUGGUUCCUUUCACCAGAAGCAUCUGGUGCAAUAAUGGAAUUAUGUAAAUACAUUUUUUUCUAAAUUGAGAGCUUUUUUAGCCUAGUAAUAAUGCAAAGUGUGUUUUGGCUGCUAGUCUUUAAAAGGUAGACUUGAUAAUAGGACUUGAGUUGUGGCUAAUUCAAAUACCACGAAGUUUUGAACCUAUUCAAAACACAAUGUUAACUAUUUUUAAAGAUACACAGGACUCACACUCACUGUCUUUGCCAACCAAUGAAUAAUUCAUCCCUCUAUUCAAUAAAAUUUAUUUAUUACUCUAUGUGAAUAGCAUGUAUUAUGUGGAUAAGAAAACGUCUAGUAAGUUUGCUAACAGACAUUGUUAAAUUGAAGUUGACAGUAUUCCUGUCUUCAAUUAGUUUAUUGUCGGAAAGGAAAAGUAAGGAAAAUAAAUGAAUUAAUAAAUCAAAACCAAUACAUAUUAAAGUACUCCAUGAGCCAAAUACUUCCCCAAGAACAUUUUCACUUUUGAUACCUAGCACUGGUUUGUGUCCACAAUGUUACUUAGCCAGUGUGAAGCUUAUCAGAA